AUGUCUGGACGAGGAAAAGGAGGAAAAGUAAAGGGAAAGAGCAAGACCCGAUCAUCCCGGGCUGGAUUACAGUUCCCUGUCGGUCGUAUCCACCGUCUGUUGAGAAAGGGAAACUAUGCCGAGCGAGUCGGAGCUGGUGCCCCAGUCUACUUAGCCGCUGUUUUGGAAUAUUUGGCUGCUGAAGUUCUCGAGUUGGCUGGUAACGCUGCCCGUGACAACAAGAAAUCCAGAAUCAUUCCAAGACAUUUACAGUUGGCUAUCCGAAAUGACGAGGAAUUGAACAAGCUGUUGUCCGGAGUAACCAUCGCUCAAGGUGGUGUCCUCCCCAACAUCCAAGCCGUUCUCUUACCCAAGAAAUCCGAGAAGGCUGCAUCCAAAUAA